AUGGCCUAUAGGGUCCUGGGCCGUGCGGGGCCACCUCAGCCGCGGAGGGCGCGCAGGCUGCUCUUCGCCUUCACGCUCUCGCUCUCCUGCACUUACCUGUGUUACAGCCUCCUGUGCUGCUGCGACGACCUCGGCCAGAGCCGCCUCCUCGGCGCGCCUCGCUGCCUCCGCGGCCCCAGCGCGGGCGGCCAGAAACUUCUCCAGAAGUCCCGGCCCUGCGAUCUCCCGGGCCCGACGCCCAGCGAGCCCAGCGCUCCCAGCGCGCCCGCCGCUGCCGCGCCCGCCCCUCGCCUCUCGGGUUCCAACCACUCCGGCUCGCCAAAGCUGGGUACCAAGCGGCUGCCCCAAGCCCUCAUUGUGGGCGUGAAGAAAGGGGGCACCCGCGCCGUGCUGGAGUUUAUCCGUGUGCACCCGGAUGUGCGGGCCUUGGGCACCGAGCCCCACUUCUUCGACAGGAACUACGGCCGCGGGCUGGACUGGUACAGGAGCCUGAUGCCCCGAACCCUCGAGAGCCAGAUCACGCUGGAGAAGACCCCCAGCUAUUUCGUCACUCAAGAGGCCCCUCGCCGGAUCUUCAACAUGUCCCGAGACACCAAGCUGAUAGUGGUCGUGCGGAACCCCGUGACCCGCGCCAUCUCCGAUUACACGCAGACGCUCUCCAAGAAGCCGGACAUCCCUACCUUCGAGGGCCUCUCCUUCCGCAACCGCACGCUGGGCCUGGUGGAUGUGUCCUGGAACGCCAUCCGCAUAGGCAUGUACGCGCUGCACCUGGAGAGCUGGCUGCGCUACUUCCCGCUGGCCCAGAUCCACUUCGUCAGCGGCGAGAGGCUCAUCACUGACCCAGCCGGCGAGAUGGGGCGGGUCCAGGACUUCCUGGGCAUUAAGAGGCUCAUCACGGACAAGCACUUCUACUUCAACAAGACCAAAGGAUUCCCUUGCUUGAAAAAAACAGAAUCGAGCCUCCUGCCUCGAUGCCUGGGCAAAUCGAAAGGCAGAACUCAUGUACAGAUCGAUCCGGAAGUGAUAGACCAGCUCCGGGAAUUUUAUAGACCUUAUAAUAUUAAAUUUUAUGAAACUGUUGGGCAGGACUUCAGGUGGGAAUGA